AAGGGGAGGUAGCGAGCAGGUAUAUAGAGGACUAAACUCAGUCGAGCAGCACAGUCGAUCCAAGACAGCCAAGCAGCAUGUUCUCGAAGUUGGUCCUGUGUGUCUUACUGGCAGUAGUGGCUGCCAAGCCCCAGGAAGGAUACGGGGCACCUCAGCAAUCCUACACCUCUUCAGGUUCUGUAGUUCCCAUCGUGAAGGACGAGCGUCAAGGACCUGAUGCGGACGGCAACUACAACUUCGAGUUCGAGACUGGUGACGGCAUCAGUCGUCAGGAGCAGGGCGCCCCCCAUGGGGAAACUGGCGCCGUGGCAGCCCAGGGAGGAUGGGCGUUCAAAUUCCCCGACGGUAGUCCCGGUGUCUUCAACUUCGUGGCCGACGCUGCAGGUUACAAGGUACAGUCUGACCUGCUGCCCACGCCCCAUCCUCUCCCCGCCCACGCCAUACAGCAGAUCGAGUUCGCCCGUCAGCAAGAAGCCGCAGGACCCGGACCCCAGUACGGCGCUCCUCCCUCCCCAGGAUACAACUGAACGAUGAACCUCUCACCCACCAGCCUCACCCACCUACUGACCGGCCCAACCUCACACAAUGACCCAAAAGAAAACUUCAUUUUAGUCUUCAACGCCAGAUGAUUGUGGAUUUGUGAUACUUACAAAAUGGAAGCCAUAGACUUUAACUGAAGCUUGGCAAGAUGAGCAGGUGUACUACACUUGUCUACAGCUGGAAGCACCAGUUGGGUUUUAUGUUGUCUUUUGGUUAAUAAUCUCAGUCAUAUUUAUGUGUCUAUGACGGCCACCGCCAAGGCUCACUAUGGCCGCGUGUGACAUUCUUCAACUUGCUGGUCGACCACUACCACGGUUAUGCUCAGUGGUCCGUGCCAGACUACCUGAUACCUUAGAUAACUAAGCCUCCGUCUCCACCCUUGACUAUGUCUUUAACAGUGUGUAUAUUAGUUUAGUUUAUCUCUGUGUGUUAUAAUGUUUAUUAAACGAAUUAUCAAUUACA